AAAAAAACGUAUGUGCCUCGAUUCGAUUCAGUUAACCAUCUCUUUGUCCAUGACUUUCCUCUUAUCAAGAACAUUUCUUUCUCUCACACUCGUCAGACCUUCUUCUUCGAUCUCCAUGGCGAAUCUCACCACCAACGCCUCCAAAUCUCGCCUUAGAGGCGUCGUAUUCGACAUGGACGGAACUCUGACGGUUCCGGUCAUCGAUUUCGCGGCAAUGUACAGGUCCGUCUUAGGCGAAGAAGAGUACAAGCGAAUCAAGGCGGAGAGCCCUACCGGAAUCGAUAUUCUUCACCACAUCGAGUCGUGGAGCGUCGAUAAACAGCAGAAGGCCUAUGAAACCAUCGCUGAUUACGAGAAACAGGGAAUCGAUAAGCUCCAAAUCAUGCCCGGUGCUGCUGAGCUAUGUGGCUUUCUUGACUCCAAAAAGAUUAAGAGGGGGCUGAUUACACGAAAUGUUAGGAAGGCCAUCGACAUCUUCCACCAACGUUUUGAGGUUAUAUUUACUCCGGCACUAGGCAGAGAGUUUCGUCCAUAUAAACCAAACCCAGACCCGCUGUUGCAUAUAUGUUCUACCUGGGACAUCCCACCUAGCGAAGUUAUGAUGGUUGGUGACAGCUUAAAAGAUGAUAUAGCAUGUGGGAAAGGAGCUGGAGCCUUCACAUGUUUGCUAGAUGAAUCCGGAAGGUAUGGAGCAGAUGAUUUCUCUGUCACCGGACUGCAUCCUGAUUUCAAGGUUGAUUCCCUGUCCAAAAUUCACAACAUAUUGGAGACAAACUUCGACCUGAGCCCAUAGCUUUUUUCCUUUCCAAGUUCCUUGUCUUGUAGUCUCAGUGACCAAAAUAGUCUCUUAUUCAACAACACAAAGGCAGCAGAAUCACAACUAUUGUAAGAGAGAUAAUGCCAUUACAGAGUAUUUGUGCAGGCUAGCCAUAUACAAAAUGACAUACACGUCUAGUAAAUCCAAGAUUUCUAUUUUUUUGGAUAUCA